GGUAAUUUACUAAAACACAUUUUAUUCAAAGAAAAGUUUAAUAAAUGUGGGAGAGAAUGACAUGACGGCCGCCCACGUGAGUGUUCGCGACGCAAGGGAGAGGGAGAGAGGAGCUGUGGCCGGGAGACCCCGACAUCUUGUUCCAGCCGCUGGUGCACAGCAGCGGGGCCGGGGUCUGGGUCUGGGCCGCCCCGGGGCAGAUUGGUGAGAGUAAAACUUGAAUAUGGUGUUAGCCGGAAAGGGUCUGGAAAUGGCGAAAUCCGUUACCGUCCCGGCUGCUGCAGCUCUGGGCAAUCUCAGCGGGGUAUUAAACUCCUCGUUCAGCGGGAGUGGAGGACCGUUCAGAGAGCCGGUGCAGAGACACGGGAGGAAUGGGACCGUUCCGGAGCUGACGACAGGAGAAAUCGUCGCGGUCAGCUUCAUCUUCGGCGUGAUCUGGCUGGUGGCUUUGUUCGGGAACUCCCUGGUCUGCUUGGUGAUCCACAAAAGCAGGAGGACACAGUCAACGACCAACUACUUUGUGGUGUCCAUGGCUUCAGCGGACCUGCUCAUCAGCCUGGUCAGCACCCCCUUUGUCCUGCUACAUUUUACCACAGGGAGGUGGCUACUGGGGGAUGUCAUGUGCAAACUGGUUCGCUACGUGCAGUAUCUGACUCCUGGAGUGCAGAUCUACGUCCUGCUCUCCAUCUGUGUGGACAGGUUUUACACCAUUGUGUAUCCCUUGAGCUUCAAAGUGUCUCGGGAGAAGGCCAAGAAAAUGAUUGCAGCAUCCUGGAUCUUGGAUGCUGCUUUCGUAUCUCCAACCUUGUUUUUCUACGGGAUGGAAGGGGAGACCUGUAAUCUGUUUCUCCCCCAGUCCUGGAGCGGGGUCACCUUUGGCACGGUCCACCUGCUGCUGGGCUUUCUCGUUCCAUCUGUCCUCAUCAUCCUGUUUUACCAGAAGGUCAUAAAAUACAUUUGGAGGAUAGGUACAGAUGGCAGGACAGUGAGGAGGACCAUGAAUAUCGUGCCUAGGACCAAGGUCAAGACCAUCAAGAUGUUCCUGCUGUUAAAUUGUAUGUUCCUGUUGUCUUGGUUUCCCUUUUACGUGGUCCAGAUCUGGCAGCCGGACGAGAUGGAUUCCACAGGGUGUUCUUCACUCUUCCUGUCCAUCGCACUGGUGUCCUUCAGCUCCUCAGCAUCCAAGCCCAGCCUCUACUCCAUCUUCAAUGCCAACUUCAGGCGGGGCAUGAAGGAGACUUUCUGCAUGUCUUCGAUGAAGUGUUACCGUAGCAAUGCCUACACCAUCACCUCCAGCUCCCGAAUGGCAAAAAGGAAUUACAUCGGCAUCACUGACAUCCCAGCCCCCACCAAAACCGCCACCAAAGAUUCAAUAUUUGAAACAUUCGACAGGGAGGCGAGAGAGAAAAAGCUUGCAUGGCCCAUAAACUCAAAUCCUCCAAAUACAUUUGUCUGAGCAGCAUGAUCAGCCUGAAGAAGGGUCCUGACCUGAAACGUCACCCAUCCAUGUUCUCCACAGAUGCUGCCUGACCCGCUGAGUUACUCCAGCACUCUGUGUCUUUUCCAGACUCCAUUUGUUGUCCCCACUGCCCCAAUUGGCGUUGUAAUGUAAACACUAUGAUAAGGCAUUCAACCAACUGAAAAACCAUUCCUCCAAUAAUUCUCCUCUGACAAAAUUUAGAUUGAUGGAAAGAUUGCAUGGAAACAGGCCCUUUGGCCCACCGAGUCCACACCAACCAUCGAUCACCUGUCCACACUAGUUCUAUGUUAUCCCACAUCCACAUCCUACACACCAGGGGGCAAUUUACC